CACUUUCUUUCCCACUUCUCACUUCCUCAAAAAGUCGGUUUCUAAUUCUAUUUCCUUCGACUUUCCUUAAAGGCUUAACCCAAACCAAAAACUACGGUUACUCUCUUUUAUCCCUCCAUUCCACGCACUCUCAAUCUUUCAAAAAACACACACACAAUUCCCCAGAAACACAACACAACAUAACAAACAUGCGACCAAGGAAUUAACAUUCCAACAACCAAACACGACCCCAGUCUCCCUCUUUCUCUUUCCCUCUACGCUCGAGGAAUCAAUCCAAUUCCUACGAUCAUCCGGACGAGCAAACUGAAAUUCAAGAAACCACUCACUCACUCGCCGAGCCAAUGGACGAGAAAAGAAUCGAAGACGAACUGACCUACCCGUUUUUACUCGCAGACCGUCUCCGUUUAGCCGUACAGGAAGCCGAUUCAUUCAAGCAAGAAUGCACAAACAUCGGUAACUACGCAAACUUACUCUCCGACAAGCUCCGUUUGUUUCUCCGUUUCACUGGCUCUUCUCAGUCUUUCUACGACCGUCCAGUUCGCCGGAUAGUUUCCGACGUCGCUAAAAAUCUUGACCGUGCCCUAACCCUAGUGAAGAAAUGUAAACGGCGUAGCGUUCUUCGUCGUGUUGUUACGAUUAUUAGUUCUACUGACUUCAAAAAAGUUCAGACUCUUCUUGAAGCUUCUGCGGGUGAUGUUAAAUGGCUUGAGAGUAUUUUAGGUUUUGGUGGCGGCAGUGGUGGUGAUGAUUUCGGUAUUGAUCUUACUUUGCCUCCGAUUGCGAGUAAUGAUCCAAUUCUUGCUUGGGUUUGGUCUUCUAUAGCGUCUAUUCACGUGCGCCCAUUGAACGAUAAAAUCGAAGCUGCCAAUCAGCUAGCGCAGCUGGCUCAGGAUAAUGAUCGAAACAAACAAAUUAUUGUCGAGGAAGAAGGGGUUUCUCCUUUGUUGAAGUUGUUAAAGGAGAGUGCUUCCCCAGAAGCGCAAUUUGCGGCUGGGACAGCGCUUCUUUAUUUGGCUAAUGACGAGGAGAGGGUUAGAGCUAUUGUUAAUGAACAAGGGGUUUCGGUGAUUGUAAAAGUUUUGGCUGAUUCACCUAUGAGGGUUCAGAGUUUGAUGGCCAAUUUGGUGGCCAGAAUGGCAGAGCAUGAUCCAAUUGCGCAGGAUGAUUUCGCUAGAGAGAAUGUAAUCAGACCGCUUGUUACGUUGUUGUCUUUCGAGACAUUUUCUGAUGAUCAAUUGGGUAAGCAGAGUAUUCAUUCUAUUGUUCAGAUUAAUAAAGAAAUCGAGAAAUAUCCGAUUAAUGGGUCGAAGAAUAAUCAUUUUAAGCCUUAUAUGAAUUCAUUUUCGAGUUUUCAUUCUGAAGGGGGGAGUAGUAGGGGUGGUAGUAAUAAUAAUAGGAAAGAAAGAGAGAAUGAGAAGCCUGAAGUUAAGCUUAAAUUGAAGAUUACUUGCGCUGAAGCUUUGUGGAUGCUUGCCAGUGGAAGUGUGCUGAAUAGUAAGAGGAUCACUGAAACGAAAGGGUUGCUUUGUUUGGCUAAAAUAGUUGAGAAAGAAGAAGGAGAGUUGCAAUAUAAUUGCUUGAUGACUAUAAAGGAGAUCACUGCUGCAGCUGAAUCCGAUGCUGACCUUAGACGUGCUGCUUUUAAGACUAAUUCCCCUGCUGCUAAGGCUGUUAUUGAUCAGCUUUUGAGGGUGAUUAGAGAGCUGGACAGUCCAAAAUUGCAAAUUCCUGCUAUUAAAGCAAUUGGUUCAUUGGCUAGAACUUUUCCGGCUAGAGAAACUCGAGUUAUUGGUCCUUUAGUUGCCAAGCUUAGUAGUAGGAAUCAGGACGUGGCAAUAGAAGCUGCCAUUGCACUGGGGAAGUUUGCUUGUCCGGAAAAUUUUCUCUGCGAUGCACAUUCCAAGGCAAUAGUCGAGUUCAAUGGUUUACCACCUUUGAUGAAAUUGCUGAGAGGAAAUGAACGGGCACAGUCGCAUGGAUUGAUCCUCCUCUGUUAUCUUGUAUUACAUGCUGGCAAUAAUGAGGCUUUGGAACAAUCUAGGGUGUUAACUGCCCUUGAGGGGGUAGAUCGGACGGUGUUUACACAAUUUCCUGAUUUGAGAGAAUUGGUCUCCAAGGCAAUAUAUCACAUCAAUCUCUAUCACACCAGCGCCCAUUCUCAAAGGUUUUCAUAUGUUCCUUGACAAUUUUUGUGUAAGUUAGGGCACCCAUAGUAUUUGUUGGGGGAAUUGUUUGCUGUUCAUAGUCGAAUCAAGUUGUUGCUUUUUAUAGUACAGAAAAGAAAAUCGACAGCUAAUUGAAAUAGAGUUUUCUGAUGCA